UUGGUAAACCGCGCGCUCUCUGUUCCUGCACGUCAGACGUGUCGCUCACUCAGACGGUUCUGUGUAUUCAAACCUUCCUGAUCUCCAUCUUGAGGAUUCCAAGUCCAUCUGUUUCCUUUAGGAGUUUAUUGUACAAAUAAUGGGAGAAAUAAGGUUGCCGAGCCACAUGUUCUUGUGGUGCCUGUCUGCUAUUUAUAUGUUUGCCUUCGCGUCUCUUUACGUACAGAUUCCAGGUCUGUAUGGGAACGAUGGAGUGCUUCCGGCGCGGUGGCAGCUGCGGGUGUCUGGGAAGAGUGUCGUGGAGCAGCUGAAGGAUUCUCCCACGCUGCUGUGGUUCGGUCCUCGUCUGGGCUUGGACAUGCAGCAGUGCAUGGAGCUGCUGAGUCUGACCGGAGCUCUGCUCAGUUUAAUGACUCUGGCUCUGCCGGUGCUCAGAGACUGCAGAGUCUUCCUGCUGCUCUGGAUACUCUAUCUGUCCCUCUACCAGGUGGGCCAGGUCUUCUUAUACUUUCAGUGGGAUAACCUCUUGCUGGAGACGGGCUUCUUGGCCAUUCUCAUCGCUCCCAUGAAAAUGCCCUGGUCUUCAAAGGUGCGUCUCCAUGAUAACGUGACUUUCUGGCUGACGCGCUGGCUGUUGUUUCGGCUGAUGUUUGUGUCGGGUGUCGUCAAACUGACCAGCCGCUGUCCCACCUGGUGGGGCCUGACCGCUUUGACCUAUCACUAUGAGACGCAGUGUAUCCCGACCCCACUGGCCUGGUUUGCUCAUCAGCUGCCGGUGUGGUUCCAGAAGCUCAGUGUGGUGGGAACGUUUGUGAUCGAGAUCGCCGUUCCCUUCAUGUUCUUCAGCCCCAUACGAAGACACAGACUCUUCUCCUUCUACAUGCAGGUUCUGCUACAGGUGUUCAUCAUCCUGUCUGGGAAUUAUAACUUCUUUAAUAUUCUCACCAUCACCCUGUGCAUGUCGCUGCUGGAUGACAGACAUGUGAACUUCUGGCUCCGAAGAUCCACGCCAAAGACUGAGAGCACAGUGUUGCAGACUCUGUUCUCUUGGUUGGCUGUGAUGUUAGAGAUCGGCACAUACGCUCUGCUUGGCUACUGGAGCAUCAAAUACUUUGACCUGCAGGUGGACUGGGAAAAUAAGAGUGUCUCCUCCAAAACAGCAUUCACGUAUUUUGAGUUCAACGGCUUUCUGAAGACGGUCACGGUGCCCAGUAUCUGGAUUGGCGUGCUGUCUCUCACAUGGGAGAUCAUUUCGGCCAUGUUUAAGUGUGCGUGUGUGAGAGGAGUGUUGUGGCGUCUCUGGAACACGAUCCAGUGGGCGGUUAUGACUGCGGCGACAGUCUCCAUGUUUGCCAUCAGUCUGGUUCCCUACACCUACAUUGAGUACGAUGCACACAGUAACCUCUGGCCUGGGAUCCGGACAGCGUUUGAGGUGACCGACCGUUACCAGCUGGUUAACUCGUAUGGAUUAUUCCGGAGAAUGACCGGGGUUGGAGGCCGUCCAGAAGUGGUCAUUGAAGGCAGUAUGGAUCGCAACACAUGGACGGAGAUCGAGUUUAUGUAUAAGCCGGGGAACAUGAGUGCAGCGCCCCCUGUGGUGGCUCCGCACCAGCCCAGGCUGGACUGGCAGAUGUGGUUUGCUGCUCUUGGGCCACACACACAGAGCCCCUGGUUCAGCAGCCUCCUACACCGACUCCUGCAGGGCAAGCGAGACGUGAUCAGACUUAUUCAGACAGAUGAGUCUCAGUAUCCGUUCAGCAAACAGCCUCCUGCUUACCUCCGAGCUCACCGCUACAAAUACUGGUUUAGUGAGCCCAAAGAGGACGGGUCAUAUCCUCCGAGAUGGUGGAGACGGGUGUACGUGGAAGAGUUCUAUCCCAUGGUGCACCUCAGUGACUCUUACCUUGAACAGAUGCUGGUUCAACAUGGUUUAAAGGAUAAAGCUCCUCCGAGGCGCAGCUCGAAUGCUUGGCUGCCGCAGUUAUUGCGUCUUGUUGGUCAGCAUGCCCGUGAGAUGCCGACUCCUCUUCUGCUCUGGACUCUCUUCAGCUCGGCAGCGACCGUGUGUCUCCUCAACUCUCUGAGAUCACGUGCACAUCAUCACCAGCACGAAUCGCUCCAGAACAAACACGCAAAUAAACAGACCGCAGGAUGGACGCGCUCCAAUGUGGCGGAAGAGGAUGUGAAGAAACUUGAGGAGGAGGAGGAUGUGAAAGAUGAUGCAGAGGAAGAUGGAAAAGAGCAGGAAGAAGUUGCAACAAGUGAGGAAGAACGGGAAGGUGAAAUUGAAGAGGAAGUGAACACAGAGGAAACGGACGUAGACAGCCUCAAGAAAAGGAAGCAGUUUUGAGAGAUGUAGGCAGUGUAGUGAGCCAUUGGUGUUCCCCAGUAGUGUCCCGGAUGUUCAACUAAAACCGAUUGAAGGGCCACACUGCAAAACUUUUGUCGUAUUGACUUUUUUUGUUUGCAAAAUAAGGUAGGCUAUUGUUUUUCCCUGUAUGCACUAACUGCUUGCACCCUGCAUAUUAUAUUAAAGAAAAGCUGGAUGUCUUCCACCAUGAGACCUGAAGAUAACUGUA